CACAAAAUAGCAUCCUAUUCUAAGCUGUCUGAUCUGAGUUCUACCGAAUGUGAAGUGUCUUAUUAGUUACUUAUACGCUUUAGUUUCCUCGUUUCAUAGCCUAUCACCAUGUCGGUGGCGUUUGCACCUCACAGACAGCGUGGGAAAGGAGAUAUAACCCCCGCUGGAAUACAAAAGUUACUUGAUGAGAACAACCAGCUCAUCCAGUGUAUUAUGGAUUUCCAAAGCAAGGGCAAAACAGCUGAGUGUUCACAGUAUCAGCAGAUGCUGCACAGAAAUUUAGUUUACCUGGCCACGAUAGCAGACUCCAAUCAGAACAUGCAGUCUCUUCUUCCUGCUCCGCCCACUCAGAACAUGCCCAUGGGCCCUGGUGGGAUGAACCAAAGUGGAGCCCCCCCCCAGCCUCCCCACGGUCACAACAUGCCCUCUGAGGGUAUGGUCAGCGGUGGCCCCCCAGCCCCACACAUGCAGAAUCAGAUGAAUGGACAGAUGCCUGGGCCUAAUCACAUGCCCAUGCAAGGUCCCGGUCCAGGCCCCAACCAGCCUCCAAAUAUGCCCAGUGGCUCCAUGAAUAUACCCCCCAGCAGCCACAGCUCCAUGGGUGGCUACAAUCAUGCCGUCCCUUCCUCCCAGGGCAUGCCAGCUCAGAGCCAAAUGAACAUGACCCAGGGCCAGCCCAUGGGAAACUACGGCCCUCGGCCAAACAUGAACAUGCAGCCUAACCAGGGCCCCAUGAUGCACCAGCAGCCCCCCUCCCAGCAGUAUAACAUGCCUCCUGGUGGCGGUGGGCAGCACUACCAAGGGCAGCAGAACCCCAUGGGCAUGAUGGGCCAGGUCAACCAGGGGAACCACGUCAUGGGGCAGAGGCCAAUGCCUCCAUACAGACCCCCGCAGCAAGGACCCCCUCAGCAGUACCCAGGGCAGGAAGACUACUAUGGGGACCAGUACAGUCACGCAGGACAGGGAGCUUCAGAAGGUAAUGCCCAGUAUGGCCAGCAGCAGGAGGCGUACCAGCAAGGCCCUCCCCAGCAGCAGGGCUACCCUCCUCAGCAGCAGUACCCAGGUCAGCAGGGCUACCCACCACAACAGCAGGGCUAUGGCCCCUCCCAAAGUGCCCCAGGACAGUAUCCCAACUAUCCUCAGGGGCAGGGACAGCAGUACGGGGCCUAUCGCCCCCCUCAACCUGGACCUCCACAAGGCCAGCAGCAGCGCCCUUACGGCUAUGACCAGGGACACAUGAGGAAAUAAAGACCCAGGGAUUUGAACCCCUGACUAGCUCUGUAAGAAGCAAAGGGCCAGUAUGGAAAUUACCAGCAAUGAGAGAUGGUCACAGCAACCCACACAGCCCUUGCUCUGACCUCUGUCUGAGCUUUGACCUCUGGUCAACUGCUAAGUAGACUUACAUGAUGGCUGCAGCUCACUGAGACACUCUCAGACACUUACACACACACACACACACACGUACACACACGCACAUGCAUAAUAAAAAGACACGUUACCCUG